CUUGUACAAUAGACGAUGAGAAGAAUUUGACAUCUGACAGAUUUACCAACAAAAAAUAAUGCCGGUUUCGAAUUAAAAUUGGUCCUAAUUAAUGGCAGAGAGUAGUUAAACUUAACUAUUCCCACCUUCUCAUUUGAUGUUUGACAUCAAUAAUCGAAAUGUCCCUCAGUCCAAAUUCUAGCCUUGUGAGGCGCACGAUUGACUUGAAUUAUGAAAAUAAGAAGCGUGCGAACUCUCUAAAGUGGAUCGCGGUCAACGGCAUAUUGUUCGCAAUAUUCAUAUAUGACUUAUCAUGCAAAUGCCCAGGGUACACAUCAAUCCUGCAUUAUGUUGAGCUAGGCCUUGCUACGGUACUGGCUGCUAACCUUAUCCAACACACACUGCAAUUGUUGCCAAGACGAGCUGCAUCUGUUGCCAUCUCACCUACUCAACAGAAGUUACUAGGUCUUAGUGAUGCUGAUCUGGAUUCGUCAUUCGUAAUAUCAAAAGCGGACAUCAGUAGUUCCAGUGCUGUGAAGGAUGAUGAUGCGUGGCCAGUAGAUGCACUGUCUAUAUCCUCUCGCAUGCAACAAGCUCGAGACACGUCUCCUCCUUCUUCACCCCCAUCUCCUAAUUCGCCUCCCUCGCCUCACUCUCCACAUAUAUCUCCUCGGAAUAGAUCAUCUCCCCUCACAAAUUCACCACACUCACCUGAACGGUUUGCGAAAGACGAAUUUAUCUCUGAUAGUCGGGGCUUAGCUGAUUAUCUUAGACAGUAUGAGGAGCGCAGUCGAGCCGAGGAGACGACCGCGACCGAAGUCCCCACGUGGGGCCUGCAGUUGGCGCCCGCGCACUCUCCCGCCCUGCACUAUCAACUGGCCACUGAAGCUUUUCGUAGUUCAGAGGAAGGAGGCCCGGUGCCGGCCCUAAGGAGGCUGCAACUCGACCCGCAGAGGCUCACACAAUUCAAUCUUAAUCUGAGACUGUGGAUCCACGUGACAAUCCUCGAGCGUCUGGCAAAUGAGCUGGACCGGCCUGAUGCAGGGCAGGGACUGGCUCCAUUCCUAGCUAUACACACUGACCAACAGUAUCUCAUCAAGCGGAUCAAAGAACUGUCCCGGGGCGGGUGCAUGAGUGCUUACAAGUGGGACGGAGGUAGUUCUGACUGGGACGAAUCCAGGCCUCCCGAUGCGGAGCUAGUGCUUCGGCUAGUGGCCACAUAUCUAGACACUCAGCUUCCUUCGAACGGUGGAACCAAGCCCUUCACGGACGGACAUCUCUCUGUGGCACCCAACCCUCCACCGAGGGGGCCCAGAGUUUUGGGGAUUCAUCGAGUGACAAUGAGGCCUCCACACUAUGUGCUGGUCUUGGAGGAGGAAAUUGUUGAGGUGUGUCGGGGCCGCAACAACAUGCUGCACACGCUGCUCAUGUUCGUGGCGGCGGCCGCGCGCGCCCAGCCCCCCGCGCUGCGCCGCGUGCACCUCGGCCGCGCAGGACUCAACAUGCUGUGGAUCAUCGGCCGCUGAACGCAUCUGUGUGCUCACUCAGAGUCUAACGUUCUCGAUAACGUUAAAGUUAACUCAAAUAUGUAUGAAGUUGGAACAGCGCCCCUGGCGGCAAACGUACGCAAACGUUCCAACUUCGAAGAUUUUGAAUCAACUUUUACGCUGUCGAGAACGUUAGAGACGCGCACUAAGCACACAAGUCAUUAAUAGUUAAAGUAAUCAUCCUCAAUCCUGAUAAUAGUACUGGUUAUUGUAUUGUUAGUUAUAGUUAUUGUACUGUCGUCAGUCUUUGAUAUGAGUGCCAAUUUACAAAUUAAUCAAAAUUCAGUUUCUUAAAAUUUCGUUGAAAAUUAAAAUUGGAUGUUCGAUUUAUUCGAUUACCUAUACUUGCCACAGAUGGCGCGGGAGCAGCUGACUAAUGGGUGUGUUAUGUUUUGAUCGUUUAGUUCAGAAUACGCAUUCACUAAUGUUCGGACAUAUCCUCUUGCUUGUGCGGUCGCUAUGGGACAAUGUACUUAAUUGAUUGAUUGAUGUCCAUAUAAUUAUAACUGUGUAGAUGACGACUGGCUUUAUUGGUUAACUCCAAUAAAUAUCACAAUUUUUUGAAGCUGGAACGCGAUCUGUCCGUCAUACGUACUACCUAUGUCUAGACUAACUUUAAAUUUAUUUGUAAAUCAAAAUAACUGACACGCACAAUAUAACAUGUGUAUUUAUUGUCAAAAAAUGAAUACACGGAUCAGGCGUGUAACGCUGUAUGGGGGAUUUGAUAUUAAGGCUAAGAAAUAUAAAACAUAAACUCAUCGCGUCGUUUACCAAGAAGAGAACAUCGUCUGCCGACGUGCCUUACUGAGUGUAAGCGAACCUACGGAUAGUGAUGGUAAUACAGGCGACAGAGUGACCUUAAAAAGUCUUCAUGAAACUUUUUUCAAAAUUCUGACAUAUGGGUUCAGUGACCUCGUGCAGCGCGGGGUAGGACAUCGCCUGCCAACUUCGCAUUAAAUGACUGGUUGACGACGUAAAUUCCACACACUCUUAAUUAUUUUUGUUUCUUGUACGUUCGUAUGUUCGAUUGAGUUGAGAUCUUGGAGGCGCGCUAGUUUUAAUAAAUUACGUAGGUACUUCAUCGGUUAAGUGCAGAACGUAACUACCUUUUAUAAAUUUAAUGUUUUAAUGUAUAAUUACGUGAUGAAUUCACUUGUAGGUAAGACUCACGAUUAGUUGUAAGUUUUAUGGAAUAAAUAAUUAUUAUUUUUGAA